GUUUGUUUCGUUUCUUACAUUAUAGUCCAAACGAAGAAGAACAACAGGGAAAACCACUCAAAUCAUUAUACUAUUGUUAUGAAAUUUAAUUAAUAAUUAAGUAAAUUCUUUUGCUUUUGGCAUUCGUUAUUCAUGGUUCUUUUUCCUUUUUUUCUGCUUGCAAUUUCUUCAAAGAGCAGUAACAAGCUUUCGAGGAUCGGUAGACGAAAGAGAGAAGAUUUCAUCUGCUGAAAAUGAUAACGGCGUCUGAGAGGGAAAUUUUCGAUCUUUCUGGACCAUUGCAUAUAACUUCCAUUGACUGGGAGAAUCCGCAUCAUCGGAGGUCUAUUGCUGCCAGUUUGGUUCAGGGUGUCUAUGUUCUGGAAAGGGAUCGCCAAGAGAAACGAACUGGUCACGAGGCCCUUGCACCUCCAUGGUGGGAGUUCUUUCACUUUAAGUUGCUUCGGAAUCUUGUGGAUGAUGCUGAUUAUUCCAUCUUUGGUGCAAUCUAUGAAUUCAAGCCUCCUGCAUCUCUUUGUAACCACUCGUUAGAUGGAAGUCCGAGAUACGUCAUUGCCUUCCGAGGCACCCUAACAAUGCCCGGCUCCUUCUCACGGGAUAUUGAAUUGGAUCUUCACUUCCUCCAGCAUGGACUCCACCGUACAUCUCGCUUUGAAAUUGCUAUACAAGCAGUCCGCAACAUGGUUGCUGCUGUUGGCGAUGCAAAUGUCUGGCUGGCUGGCCAUUCCCUGGGAUCAGCCAUGGCAAUGCUUGCUGGGAAAACCAUGGCAAAGAAUGGAACUUUUCUCAACUCUUUCCUAUUCAAUCCGCCGUUCUUCUCCGCCCCGAUUGAGACAAUCAAGGAUAAGAAGAUCAAACACGGGAUCCGGAUCGUGGCCAGUGUGAUAACAGCAGGACUCACCAUUGCCAUGAAGGCUAGCAACAUGAAGGGUCUUACAGAAGACCCAUUUGCAGGGCUUUCAGCAUGGAUUCCUUAUCUAUAUGUGAACCCGGGUGAUUAUAUAUGCUCAGAAUAUAUUGGGUAUUUUGAACACAGGGAUAAGAUGGAGGAGAUAGGAGCUGGAGCCAUUGAGAGGUUAGCAACCCAGAACUCAAUUGGGGGUAUGCUGAUGAAAGUUGUGGGAAAAGAGUCAGACCCAAUGCACCUCAUUCCUUCAGCCAAUCUGACUGUCAAUUUGACGCCUUCAAGGGAUCUAAAAGAAGCCCAUGGAAUUCAUCAAUGGUGGAGAGAUAAUAUGCAGUUGCAGUCCAAGCUCUAUAAGUACAGAUAGUCUUGAUUUUUUUUAUACAUGAAUAAUGCUACGGGGCGCUAGUAGUAGUGUUCACCACCACAUACUAAUAAAAAGUGGGUGCAAUAGCGUGAACUGGGACGCAUUUUUUAUUAGUUAUGGUGUUAAAGCACCGGUGUCCCGAGGUUUUUUCAUAAUGUAUUGGGUUGGGUGUGCUCCUAUUUACUGAUUUAGUUGUUUGGGUGGAGUGGUGGUGGUGAUUUAUUCGUUUGAAACCUUUAUCUGUCCAAGCUGCGCACGUAAACCAAAAUUCGAGGGUGUUAAUCUUUUGUGGAUAAAGAAAAGCACAGAUUCGUCAGA